GCAGCCAAAUGCCAGUCGCUAAAUUGCCCCUUCAACUCCCUCUCACCUUAAAAACCCAGCGCUAAAUUGCAUGUAGAAGCCUGCUACUUCUGCCCCAAGCAACAUGUCAAAUGAAAGCUCGUUAUUAUUACUUCUUACACUUAUAUCCUGCCUUUUCGUCAUACAUAUGCCACUGAGCAGACCCAGACCUGCUCAGCUUCAGCAAGGUCAUGCAACCUCAGGCUUGACGACAGAGAGCAGCUGGCCUCGGCGCAUGCGCGCUGCAAUGUUCAAAAUGGUGUCCGUCGCCGUUUCUGGGGCCCUGGCUGCUUCUUUGACCGCGCGCGGGCUGCGCGCCCCGUUCCCGCUCCGUCCACUGUUCCGCGGCGGCGCGCGCGCCCUUUCUGCGCAGGGCGGUGGCGGAGGAGGCCUCGGAGACCCUUCCGGGGGCUGGGCUUGGUAUGAGGCUUUGUCGUCCUCGGUGCCCGUCGUUUGGAUGGAAUCGAGUGUGGCAGCUGUGCAGGCUGCGUCGGGGCUGCCUUGGUGGGCCACCGUGGUAGCCACCAGCGCCCUCCUCCGCACCGGGCUCACCCUUCCUCUCGCGGCCCUGCAGAACCGUGUCAUCGCCAAGUUGGAAAACUUGCAGCCUGAAAUUCAAAGCCUAGCCAAGCACCUUCGCUAUGAAGUUUCGGUUUGUGCAAAGCAGCAGGGUUGGUCUGAAAAGUUAGCCAGGUUCCAUUUCAAGAAGAAUCUGAAAAGAAUUGUUUCAGAAUUGUACAUUCGAGAUAAUUGUCACCCUUUCAAGGCCAGCUUGCUCGUGUGGGUACAGAUUCCAAUAUGGGUCUUUGUUUCCAUAGCUUUGCGUAACUUCAGCAUUGGUAGGGCAGCUUCUGAAGGGCUUUUCAUUCAAGAGCAACUUUCCACAGGAGGUAUCUUCUGGUUUAUGGACCUCACUGUACCUGACUCAACUUGGAUUUUGCCAAUCACUCUUGGGAUCCUCAAUCUGCUGAUAGUGGAGAUUUUUGCUUUGCAAAAAAAGAAACUGUCAAGGUUUCAGAAGUAUGCCACUAACUUCUUUCGAGGAGUAUCUGUACUUAUGAUUCCAGUUGCAGCAACCGUACCAUCAUGCAUGGCUUUGUAUUGGGUGUCCUCAAGUUUCAUGGGCCUUUCACACAGUCUUCUACUACGGUCUCCUGCUUUCCGUAGACUGUGUCACAUACCUCGGACCAAGUCUGACUCAGACACUCCUUACAGAGACAUUGUUGGUAGCAUCUCUGCAAAAUAUUUCUUGAAGUGAAAAAUUUAUACUUUCAGAAGACCUGCACUCUAUUGAAAUGUGGAAUUCAAUUAUGCUCUGUUAAGGCUCCUAUUUAAUGUGGCUCCUCUGUUGAACUAAUGACAACCAUGGCAUUGUAUUUAUUUUGAUAAUAAAGAGUACAUGUCAUUAA